GUAUUAAUUGCUGUUUAUUGCCUGUUUGCCAAAGAACUUAGCAGCUUGCGUGAAAAGGGUGCGACAAACGAGAAUACACUGUCUGUGAAGUAUACUACGAGUCUUAAUGGAGUCUUCACCGUCUCUUUCAAUGAAGGCAAAUGCUUUCUCUAUAGCCUCUCUGAUGUCCUCUAGAGAUGAUCGAGGCGAUUUUGAUCCGAAAUUGUCUCCAAAAGACAGAGCGGAGAGUUUUUCUGAAGAAGAAACUACUCAACCACCGCCGGCAAAGAGGAUGAAGUCUUCGUCAAGCGAAGAAACCAUCGAAGACAAAGAAAGCGGGAAUGAGUACGAAAACCCUUCUAAGGACGAACUGAGAAACAUAACCGUUGAAUUGGAAGGAAAAGAGUUAUGGGAGAGAUUUAGUGAACUUGGAACUGAAAUGAUCAUUACUAAGGCUGGAAGGCGCAUGUUUCCCACAUUAAGAAUAUCUGUGAACGGUGUUAACCCCAAAGCAAACUAUAUGGUCUUAAUGGAUAUAGUGCCUGUUGAUGACAAACGCUACAGAUACGCCUAUCACCGUUCAACUUGGCUUGUGGCGGGUAAAGCUGAUCCACCAGCGCCUGUAAGACUCUACAUGCACCCUGAUUCGCCUUUUACUGGCGAGCAGUUGUUGAAACAGAUCAUAUCAUUUGAAAAAGUUAAACUGACCAACAACGAUGGCGACCGUAACGGACAUCUCAUUCUUAAUUCUAUGCAUAAAUACCAGCCUCGAGUGCAUAUUAUUCGUAAACGUGACCACACAGCUUCUGUAAUUAAUCUCAAGUCCGAGGAGAUGAAAACCUUCACCUUUCCAGAGACAAAUUUCAUUGGAGUGACAGCAUACCAAAAUCAACUGAUCACACGAUUAAAAAUAGAUAGCAAUCCAUUUGCCAAAGGUUUCCGGGACUCAUCACGUCUUAUUCCAGUAGAAAGAGACUGUUUUCACGACGGUCACCCCCCUUCGAUGGUUACAGACCCGUUGUAUCCGUCUCUUUCCUUUCCGCUAAUACCACAGCUUGGGGUUAACAACAGAUACCAGCUUCCCAAGAUCGGCUGUAGAUCUCAAGACAAGGCAACUUUCUUCCAAACAGGGUGUCCACCACCGUCACCAGCUAUUCCAAGAGUUCCUUUCACAGGAGUCCUAAGUCCCUUUCACCAGCAAGGUUUGCCCAACUUAUUGUCGUCUAUUUCUUCACCAAAACCCAUGGGAGCGCUGGAAGUACCUCCACUACCACCUUACAGUGUUCACGGGGACUUUGCUGGCUCAACGUUACCCUUCUUUUAAACUAGAUGUAUAUUACAUGCAGUGAGAUAAUAGAAUCGGAACGACGAGUACAUUUCCUCUUUGACUAACAGGAUAUCUGCAUCAUGACCAUGGCUUGUAAAGCACAUUCUGCACCCAAUAUUUAUCAUGCUCAUUUCGCCAAUUUCUUUGGCGACUUGCAUCAUAUUUUGUACAAGCUGGAAAGGCUAAAUUGGCCUUUAAAAACUCAUUCCCUUUAUGAUCGAAAGAUUUUGCUUGCUUUUAAGCUACUUCGGCUAUGUUCGACCAUUUUGAAUUAGUAUGUAUUUAAGGGUGAACAUAUUGAUUAAGGACAUUUAUAUACCUUUCCUAUGGAUAUUACACCCACGCACCAACAUUCCUUGCCGGUAAACUAAGUUACCAAGUGAUGAAGUUACUAACUUCAAUCGCUUGCGUAAAGAUACUGGUAAAGACAAUAAUUACUCAACUACAAUGUCAAUAGAACUUGUAUUAUUGUAUAUAGUGUUAUGUUCCUGGAGUUAAGAAUAACCAAUCAAAUAAUAUCGUCAUUACAGCAUUUAUUAUGAAGAUAUAGAAUUCCUCCCUUUGAGCAGGUUGUGGUAGGUCUCAUAGACCCCUUUUCCUUUAAAAUAAUUUCUUGUUCGAUUGUUUUGUAGCAAUUUUUUGUUCAAAUUGUGUAGCGGAUCGGCGAAACUCUAUUUAAAAGGCCAACGAUCUUAUAAGUGUUAAAAAGGUUGUCCUUCCUUCUUUUUUUAAUCAUUUUUACUCUUGGAGAAACUUUAUAUGUGACCUAUUUAUUAUUUUUAUUUGGAAUAUCCUAGGAAAAGAAAUGUGAACAAAACGAAUUGUAAAAAAUGAAACUUUAACCAAUUA